AUGGCUUAUGAAAAUACGGUCGAAUUAUUAGAGAAAUACGAAGCAGUUAUGGUUCUCAGUGGAGUGUUGGAUGCUCUAGGUUAUAAGAAUGGUUUGUGGGAAUUCUGUUACAGUGGUACUCAAAUUCAUGAAGAACUAGAAAAACUCGGAGGACUUGAUAAAAUUGACAUUAAAGAAUGGAGGAUUAGUGACGACACUGUACUACACAUUGCUACAGCAGAAGCAAUGGACAACAACGGAAGAGUUAUUGAGCAUUAUGGCUACAAAGUACAAGAAGACAUGUGCUGUGCUGAGGAUAUGUGGGAAAGAGCUCCUGGUCAGACCACAACAAAGGCAUGUUUCAUGUUACAACGUCUUGAGGAAAAAGGUUACAUUAUACCAUUUAAUGAACGUGGUGGCGGAUGUGGUGCAGCUAUGAGAUCCAUGUGUAUAGGUUUGAUGUUUCCUUGUGAAGAUCAAAUUGAAAUGUUAAUUGAAAUUUCUGUUGAAAGUGGAAGGAUGACUCAUAAUCAUCCCACAGGUUAUCUUGGGGCUGUUACUGCAGCUUUAAAUACAGCCUAUGCUAUACAGAAGAUAGUGUUUUACCCAAAAAUGAGUGAACCAACGUUUCCAGUGACAUAUAACAUACCUGAACGUGAUGCUUUUUAUAAAUCUGUGAGUUAUGCAGGUUGGGGUGGGUCCAGUGGUCAUGAUGCACCAAUGAUUGCUUACGAUGCUUUGAUGAUGGCAAAAGAUUCCUGGUUUCAAUUGUGUUCUUGUUCUAUGUUUCAUGGUGGAGAUAGUGACAGUACAGGAAUAUUGGCUGCAGCAUGGUGGGGUGGUAUGUAUGGUAUGAAAGGUGUACCCCUUGGAAAUUAUAGGAACCUGGAAUAUGGUCUUAGGCUUAUAGAGCUGAGUAAAAAUAUACUGAAUGCAUUGAAAAAAAUUAGAAAAUGA